CGAUAAAUAGGAAUACUAAGACUUGAAGACUGCUGCUGUUGAAAGAAUCGCAUCUCAAUCGUGCGAAAAAAACGAAAUCGCUGAUUUCGACGGAGCAAUAUGGAAACGAGCCAUGAAACCAUUCUUAAUAACACUCUCUCGGCAGCAGGAUUGCUUGUGGAGGAGAACAAAGCAACGAAAGAGAUGCGAAGAUCUAUUUCUAAAUUUGCGCGUUUGCUGAUGUGCCCUCUCUGCAACAAGGUGAGAUUUUUACGAGCUAAGGAGCGACGAUGAAGAUGGGAAGAGUCGACUGAAAAUUAUCRAGUGUUUUCUCACCGAUUCGUUGGAUGAGAUCGCAGGAUGGGAGUUGCAAUGGAUUUAUAGYAACAAAUUCAAAAUUKACAACAAAUAUGUUCUUCGUUUGACUGAUGAAUACAUUAUUUUUAAUCCGCCAUURCAAUACAUUGMCUCCCACGAAUGAUAGAUCUUUGAUCGACCAGCAACCCUAGCCGCGUGUGCACAUACRUUCUGUAUGAACUGCAUUGAUAGACAUUCUGCGAAGCAUUCCGUUUGUCCAGGUGAGAAAAYAUACAAAAACGUUUUAAAUUCCAUAAUUCAUUCUGAUGUACAAGAAAGAUGUUCGAUGCCGUUGUCUUGUAUUAUGCGAUGAACCCUACAUUUUUCUGACAAGAUAUAUUCUUUCCUCCCCYGCCACCACCCCGUCUUUCCUCUUAUAUCACSUUUUCUUCUUAAAGUGGAGGGAUGUGGCAUGCCAAUGUCGAUCGUUGGAGGCAAUGGAGGUUCGUUUCGCAAAGUAAAUCUUCAAAUAUCACAAACCAUCGAGUCGCUGCAAUUGAUUUGCAAUAGCAUAAAUCAGUCGAAAGACAAUUGGUGGCUGUCCCYGGCUAUGUUGAGUUCCGUCGAAGGAAUGAGGACAUCAAGAAUAUUGARAGACCAACAAGAAGCUUUGUUGGUGGAGGAAGAGAAAGAUGAUAUCGAUGAUUUUGCGGGACAGGAAGGCCAAACGAACGACAAUGGCGAUGAGACUGAGGAGAUGAUUGACUUACAAGCUGAUGAAUUCGAAAAAGAUUUUGCAGAUACCGACAGCGCCAACUGUGAACAGGGCACGGACGCCRAUAUCAGCGACGAUGAAACUMURUUUUAAUGUCAUUUUGAACACCRCAMAAGCGUGAUAUUGAAACUGAAAAUGWCAUCGURCAAAUGAUCCUUCCCUUUCAAUUCUACCCUUAAUGAAAAUCAUAUUCACAG